GUAAAAGAGAGAUCAACCCUAAGAUUUGAUCGUGCUCUUGAGCUUUGAAGUGGGUGUUAAUUUCUAGGAUAUAUAAGUCACCCAAGAAAAAUCAAUAUUCAAAAGCUCCCAUACAUAUGCAUAGAAGGGAGAGACCCACUUCUAAAUAUCACGUCUUUAUCUAAAUUUCUAAGUGAAAGAGAUGAGUAAGCUUAAGAGAGUAGUAUAUAUGAGAAAGAGAUAGAGAAGCAAAACAAAGCUAAUACCUCUUUGAUACUGCUGCAAUAUUUUCGUACUGCUUGUCAGCACAUGCAAUCCACUUUUCCACUACUAAAUCCCCUUUGGACCCCUAAAAAAUUUUUACCUCACCCACAAGAAAAGCAUUUUUAAGCCCACCCUUCUCUUAUAUUUUCCUUCUUCUCCACCAUCCUUCCAUUAUAGAAGUAUAUCAUAUACCAUAUCAUAAAACCAUACAAUUUCUUUAUAUCACUUUCAUAUAUACAACUCCUACUAUUACUUUCCUAUAUACACUUCCUACUUGAUCUAUAGUGCUAAUAGUACCUAUGGUUUAAUUUCCAACCUUCUUUCUUAACCUUGAUGAUAUAUGAUAUCUACCUAAAAAGUUUUUCCCUAUAAUUCUUAACAAUUUUCUAUUUCAUUCACUCUAAUCAAGUAGGAAAAAACUAGCUAGGGAUUUUCUUUGAAGACUAUAUCAUGAGAUCACAAGGCUGUACAAUCCAACAAGCCCUAACACCGGACGCCGCGGCGGUGGUGAAGCAAGCUGUGGCGCUAGCAAAGAGGCGGGGCCAUGCCCAAGUGACCCCGCUACAUGUUGCUCACACGAUGUUGGCGGUGUCAUCUGGCCUUCUUCGGUCAGCUUGCCUCCAAUCUCAUUCUCAUCCUCUUCAAUGCCGGGCUUUGGAGCUUUGCUUCAACGUAGCACUAAACCGCCUCCCCACAUCCACCUCUGGCCCGAUGCUUGGCCCACACUCGGGCCAACACCAUCACCCAACCAUUGCCAACGCACUCCAGGCUGCGUUUAAGCGAGCUCAAGCACAUCAGAGGCGCGGUUCGAUUGAAAACCAGCAACAGCCCCUCUUAGCUGUGAAGAUUGAGCUUGAGCAGCUAAUCAUCUCUAUACUUGAUGAUCCUAGUGUAAGUAGGGUUAUGAGGGAAGCUGGGUUUUCGAGUACUCUAGUAAAAGGAAAGGUAGAACAAGCUGUUUCUAUUGAAGCUCCAAGUAGUAAUAAUGACACCAAUAACAACAACAACAACAAUAAUAAUAAUAACAUCAAGCCAAUCAAGGAUAAUAUUAAUAAUAAUAUUACAAGUAAUAAUAACAACUUUCUAUCCAUGGCUCAAACAGGAUCAUUGAAAGUUGGAAAACCAAGGUUGUGUGAUCAAGGAGGAGUUAGAAAUGAAGAUUUGAUGAGUGUUAUUGAGAGUUUGGUGAACAAAAGGAAGAGAAAUAGUGUGGUGGUUGGGGAGUGUUUAUCAACCUUAGAAGGUCUAGUGAGAGGAGUGAUGGAUAGAGUGGAAAAAAAUGAAGUUCCUGAAAUUUUGAAGGAGGUGAAAUUUAUCCAUCUUUCAUUUGCUUCUUUUGGUCAUCUUUCAAAGGAAGAAGUUGAGCAAAGAAUUGGGGAGCUUAAGUGUCUUGUUAAGACAUGUUGUAUGGAUAAUAAUAAAGGAGUGAUUUUGUAUUUGGAUGAUCUCAAAUGGGUAAAUGAGUUUAGGGCAAGUAAUAAUAAUAUCUUAGUAGAUCAACAUCAACCAAGGAGAAGCUAUUAUUGCCCUAUUGAACACAUGAUCAUGGAGAUUGGAAAAUUGGUUUUGGGUUAUGCUAGUGAGUGUGGAAAGUUAUGGCUUCUAGGAAUUGCAACGUUUCAGACUUACAUGAGGUGUAGAGGAGGGCAACCCUCACUCGAGGCGCUAUGGGGUCUUCAUGCCAUCACUAUUCCUGCCGGUGGCUUAGGCCUAAGUCUUUUGCCUGAGAGUGAUUUACAAAGUCCAUUGACAAGCAAGAAGCUUGAUAUCAGUGGAAAUAGUUGGCUAAUGCUAGAAAGUGGCGGGGUUGGUGGUGGAGUCGACCAUUACCGGGCAAGCGGCACCGCGAAUAUGGAGGAAGAAAGCCGGCAAAGUAGUGCUUGCAAUAGUGAUUCCACCAACUCAAGUCUCCCUUCAUGGCUCCAACAAUAUAAGGAUGAGAAUAGCAAGAGUGCAAGCAACAUUAUUAAAAACAAUGAUCAGGACUCCAUGCCAGUCAAAGAUCUUUGCAAAAGAUGGGGCUCAAUAUGCACUUCCUCAUCACCAUCAUUUGAGAGAACUUUAAGCUUUUCUUCAUUAUCACCUUCUUCUUCAACCUCAAACUUCUCAUAUGACCAUCAUCCCUUAAGAUUGAAGUCCACACACCAUUGUUUUGAACCCAAGAACUUUUGGCUCACUGAGCCCUUAAACAAAACUCAUGAACAACCAACAUUUACAAUGUCAAUGUCACCCCAAGACCGCGGUAAUAACAUAGAUCAUCCUCAACGAAAGCCUACAACAUGUACCACCUUCAUUUCCUCAAACCCUAAUUCAACCCCAACCUCAACUUCCUCAAGUGAUAUCAUGGAUCCAUUGGAAUUACAAUGUGUAAGAUUCAAGGAGUACAAUGCAGAAAAUCUCAAGAUACUUUGCAAUGCACUCGAGCAAGAAGUCCCUCAUCAAAAGGAUAUAAUCUUUGAUAUAGUAAGCACCAUAUUACAUUCUAGGUCAGGGUUGUCAAGAAGAAAAGCGAAUGAGCAAAACAUCAAGGAAGAGACAUGGUUGUUCUUCCAAGGAGUUGAUAUUGAAGCUAAAGAAAAGAUUGCUAGAGAAUUAGCAAGGCUUAUUUUUGGCACAUCACAAGACAAAUUUGUUUCAAUUGGACUUAGUAGCUUCUCAUCUACUAGAGUAUUAGUAGACUCUUUUGAAGAUCCUAGAAACAAGCGACUAAGAGAUGAACAAAGUUGUAGCUACAUUGAUAGGUUUGCUAACGCGAUUUCAGAGGAUUCUAAUAGGGUUUUCUUCAUUGAAGAUAUUGAACAAGUGGAUUAUUGCUCUCAAAUAGGAAUUAAGAAGGCAAUUGAAAGAGGUAAAAUCUCUAAGCAUUCAAGUGGGGAAGAGGUUAGUUUCGGUAGCGCGAUUAUUAUCUUAAGUUGUGAAAGAUUUAGCUCAAGAUCAAGGGCAUGCUCGCCUUCAAUAAAGCAAAAAGAUGUUACUCAUCAUGAAGAUAAUCAAGAGAUGAUAAACAAAGGAGAUGGUGCUUGUUCAAAUGAUACAAUAACAACUAGUCCUAGUAUCUCAUUAGAUUUGAAUAUAUGCAUAAAUGAUGAUGAUGAUGAUAAUGAUGAUGAAUAUAAUGCAGCCGAUAGUAAGUCCAUGGAUGAGAUUGGGCUCCUUGCUUCGGUAGACAAAUGUAUUGUCUUCAAAAGUCACCAAGAACUUUGAAGAUGAUCAUGCAUGCAUUUGGUUAGAAAAAUUAUUAUCAUCUAAAGAUAGUUCAUGAUGUAUCUUUUUUUUCUUUUUAGUGGUUUUUCUAAGGUUAUCCUUGUAUUACUAUUGUGUUUUUGAACAUUCAGUAGACUAAAGAUGAUAUGAAAUUUCUAGCUUAAUCAUGUAAAA